AUGGACUUGCUCUACCUGGGUCGUCAGCUUAUCUCGGCUCUGCCUUCUGGAAACGGUACCGAUGUCAGCGAUCUACCCAUCAAACUCCUUGAAGCGGUGGUUCCAGGCUACAGUCUCUUUGCAAAUACUGCGCAACAAUGGCUCGGCUUUGACAUGAGUCUGGCCAUGACCUGUAUUGCAUUCUUCUUCAUCGCCAAACGUGCCGUUGACUUCAUCUGGAUCCGAGUCUACAACACGUUCCUCAAUCAUUUCACGAGCUCUGUACAUAUCGAUGGCAGUGAUGAUCUGUACAGCACGGUGCUUGAAUGGAUCGCAGCAACCAGACCCGAUCUUUCCAAACGUUCCCUCACUGCUCGUACACAGUACGGAAACUUGUACGACUCUGAUGAUGAAGAUGAAUCCGAGGACGCUGAUAUGCUUGCAAAAGUCGCUGUUGGUGAGCAUGGCUACUUCAACUUCUCCAAAACCGCCGCACGUGUUCCACCUCUCUACGAGCCUGAUCACGGUCAGUUCUGGUUCUCCUCUGCACGCGGCACCUUCCAGUUCAGAAAAAGCGAAUACACCAUCCGAGGCAGUGACGGCAUCGAGCGCACGGAGAACUAUGUCAACAUUUGCUGUAUCGGUCUCGACACCAACCCUAUCAAGUUGUUGCUUACCGACAUCAAGGCUUGGACUGUGCGCAAAGAAGGUUCCAAGACUGUCAUCCGUAUUCCCGCAGAGGAGCGCUGGAACGGAUGGAUGAGAAGCUCUGAGCGCCCGUCCCGCCCCCUCGACACUGUUAUUCUGGAUCCAGAGCAGAAGUCACGCAUCUUGCAAGACAUGAAUGAAUACUUGCAUCCAUUGAGCUCCAAGUGGUAUGCUUCCCGUGGCAUUCCCUAUCGUCGUGGCUAUCUGUUCUCUGGCCCUCCUGGCACCGGCAAGACAAGUCUGAGCUUCUCGCUUGCUGGUAUUUUUGGUCUGGAUAUUCACAUCAUUAAUCUUAUGGACCCAACCAUGACUGAGAGUAUGCUAUCAAGAUUGUUCAACAACUUGCCAAAGCGUUGUAUUGUCUUGUUCGAGGACAUUGAUGCUGCUGGUAUCAAGAACCGCAAGGAUGAAUCUGAGUCCGACUCGGAAUCUGACUCUGGUUCGGAGCAUGAAGGUGUCAAUGGAGAUUCGGUGAAGACGAAGGCUGGCAAGGCCAAGAGCAAGAGCAGAGGGCGUGCCGUGACCCAAGAACAGGCUACCACCAAUGGUUCAGCAAGAUCGGCUAGCCCUGAUGCUGGCGCAGACAAUAACCACGUCAACAGCGACACGAAUCAAGACAUCUUGAUCUUCCCUACUGAGACCGUCACCAAAGCCCUCGCCCUCAGUAACGGUCAUAGCACAUCACAAAACUCGAUCUCGCACAACGGCACAGGCCCUUGUUCGAUCUCUAGAGCCUCUUCAUCGCACUCUUCGCCGCGCCGCAACUCCAGUCCACUUACCGUCGACUCCCUCGCUCGCGCCCUCAUUGCAGCANAGCCGUCGAGCUCGAUCCACCUCCCCAUCCGCUUCCUCUCGCAAACACCACCGCAGCCGCAAAGCCAAACCCUCANNUCCUCCUCCAACACUCCCGAAGAGCCCGCAUCCAAAAUUUCACUAUCUGGUCUCCUCAACGUGAUUGACGGCGUCGCAACACACGAAGGCCGCAUCCUCAUCAUGACAACCAAUCACCCAGAAAGGCUCGAUCCAGCAUUGAUACGUGCAGGCAGGGUGGACAUGCAAAUCUCAUUCUCCUACGCCACUGCCUCACAAAACAAGAGCUUGUUCUUGCGAAUGUAUGCUGGGGAUAACGUCCCCAAUACUGCUGCAAAAACACUGUUGGCGAAGAUCGGUGUGGUCAAAGAUGUGGGCAGUAUUGCUGGAACUGGAGAUGCAGAGAUGAUGCUUACCAAAGAUGAGCUGGAGGGACUGAGUACAAGGUUUGCCGAUGAGUUGCCGGAGGGAAGGUUUGCUCCCUCUGAUGUGCAGGGCUACCUACUUUUGUAUAGAAAAAACCCUAGAGAGGCCGUCGACAAGGUCAGGGCUUGGAGGGAUGCAAAGCUUUUUGAGAUGGCUGAGAAGGAGAAGAACAAAUCUAUUGGCAAGGAAAGCAAGAAGACUUGA